AUUAUUUUAACUUUUAUUUUAAUUUUAUUUUAAUUUUAUUUCGAUUUCCACCCUUUAACUCCAACGGUAACCAGAGACCAUCACCUGCUAAGCACUCUAUCUGCCUACUGCAUAUCCAUCCAGUUAGUCUACCGCUACAGUGCACCUGAAAUCUACCGGACUAUUCCUGCUGAGCUCCCCCAAUUUAGCACAGUCCCUAAAAAAAGGUCCUUAAAGUAAACCCGCCCCUCACUAAAGUUCAUCUCCGCUACCGCUAGCACCACCACUACCACCACCACUAAAAAGAACCAUCACUAAACGUAGCGAGACAUCAUCUGCGUAUGCUCACUAACUCACUGCGCCUUAACUGUACGCCAUAAAUCUCAUAAAUCACCGUAUGAUUCCCUCCGCAACAACCCUCAACAAGUCCGCUAACUCCAACAAGUCCACUAACUCCACUAACAAGUCCACUAACAAUAAUAAUACCACCACCACCAAAUUAAGUCGGUCGUACAACUCGACUUCUCCCAAAAUCACCUACCGACCAGCCACCACCACCACCACCACCACCUCCACUACUGGGUCCACCACUACUGAGUCCACCACUAACACUAAUUACUCCAUUACCGACCUAAUCUCAGACUCAGACAACUCCUCCUUCCAGAUCUACAAGAUGUACCAGAACAAGAAUUACUUACCGCAUAAUCAGCGGAUCUCGAAUAUCGCCUGGAGAAUCCAGAACAAAAAGUUACUCUCCACUAAAUUAGGGUCUACUGGUACUGGCACUGCUACUCAUGGGAUAUCGAAACCUACAGUACCCAGUAGUCAUCCUAUGGAUCGAAAGCAUGGCAGUUCGGUGUCCUCGCAGUCGGGACCCAUACGCGAUUUACCGACUUCGGGCCUAAAUGAUCCUAAUGUUGAUGAAUUUGAUUACGUAGCCCACAUCAGAAGAAUCAGCCAGGAAGAGUACAAUCUCGCCAACAUCCCUCCGUCCACCACCAACACCAACACCACCAACACCACCACUACCACCACCACUACCAGUCAUACUUCUCCUGACACGACGCUUUCCAGUACAACAUUAACCAAAGCCAAUUCCAUGCCUGUGGCUAAUGGCAGCAACAGUAACAACAACAUUCCCAAUAACCAUAAUUUCUUAUCGUCAUAUAUCAACUCCCUAGAGUCCACCUUGAAGCAGGACUAUAAAUUGGGAUCCACCUCCAACAGCACCAUCUCCUCCAGUAACACUCCCUUUAAUGAACCAGCGAGCUUAUCGCCGCCCAGACUAAAGAGAAGUCCCACGACGACGACGACCACCUCCAUCUCCACUAACCAUAAUAAUAUAAAUAACAAUAUCAACAGUAUUACCACUAACAAUAACAUUAAUAUCAAUAACAGCAGUAUCGCCAGUCUAGCUCCAGCGUCCAAUAAACGUGUUCUCCAAUGCACCAAUUGCCAGACCAAAACCACACCCUUGUGGAGAAAGUCCAACAACGGGGAUUUACUCUGUAAUGCCUGUGGAUUGUUCUACAAGUUGCAUGGAGUGCUAAGGCCCUUGAGCAACAAUGCUACUAGCAAUACGACUACUAAUACUACUACUACUACUACUGCUAGUGCUAAUGGGAAUGGAGGUGCAUCAUCCAAACCAAUCAAGUUCCCCAGCGAUAGAGCUAUACUGAACAGUAACACCAAUUUGUUCAAUGGACUACAGAACACUGACGAAGUGAUGGGGAAACCACAACAUCAUCCGCAUACCAUCACUCCAUCGACGUCUGCUCCUAAGAAUUACUACAGUAACAAUAAUAACACUAACACUAACAACAAUAACCACAACCAGCAUGGAUUUGUACAUGAUCCUUCCAAUGACGAUAUGAUGAACUUAGACACAUUUCUAGACUUGACGACUUCCACCACCGACACCUCGCCCUCAGCGAUGUCCCACAGCUUACCCACCCAGUCGUUUGCAUUCCACAAUAACACCACCAAUAAUAACAAUAACGAUGAGAUCGAUAAGCUCUUGAACAUCAACCUCUUCCAGUCCGACUCCUUCACCAUUGGGGCCAGCAAUGGUACUAUUACUAAUGCUAUUACUAAUCCUAAUAGUAGUAAUACUAAUACUAAUAAUACUACUAGUACUAAUACUAAUGUCAAUGCUCCUGGUCCUGUUAAUAAUAUCAAUACAUACAUGACAGGUGCCAGUGAUGAGAUUCUUUCUGAAAACUACGCAGAAGAGCAUCACGCCUCCGACAAGAAGUCCUCCGCCUGGAACUGGCUCGACUUCAGUCCAGCUGCCACCAAUGGCAACUAGACGAUAGUAAGUAUAGUAUAGUAUAGUAAGUAUAGUCUAUCACAGUG